AUGAACCCGAAUAUGCCACCCUCUAAAGACGUAGGAUUAGCACGAUUUGCGUGCACCCAUUGCCGGCAAAAGAAGAUCAAAUGUCUAAUUCCAAAUGUCAGAGUUGGACCAGCCAAAAAAGAAGCAACUAUCCUUCCUCAAAACUCCAGCAACGUGGACCAGCGUCUUUCGCGUGUUGAGAAAGCCCUCGAUACGCUCUCUGACGUGAUCAAUACGUCUCUCGUGGGUUCUGCUGGAAAUCGUGGAGUCUCCGAAGCUCCUUCGAGCACAACAAGGUCAGAUGCGGAAGCAACGACAUCAUAUCGGACGCCAAUUGGAGAAGUAGAUACUCCUCAGCUCACUUUAGACGAUUCGCAUUCAUUCGCAUAUUUGAGCGAAGCUUCGCGACAUUUGGAUGUUAUUAAAACUAAGUCCCUACAAGGGCGACUUGCAGAACAUCAAGCAGCGUCCACCGCGUUGCAGGACCUAUCCAAAUCUCUGACCACAGUUAGCCUCCAACAGCCACGCACAGAUGCAGCAGCUUUUGAGUCUCUCAAUGGAUACUAUGUACCCUCCCGAGCGGCUGGGUAUAACUUGAUAAGCUAUUUCCUUCAAAGCGCACAGCUCGCUGAUAUCUUAUUCAUCACUCCAUCGGAUGAUCUUCUCUUGAACGUCAUAUUCGAUCCAGCUACAGUGCCUCAGCGCGCUUGGAUUGUCUACGUCAACUUCAUUCUUCUUACCCUUCUUCAGAACGACAACUCUCAAUCAGAUGUUGUUGAGAGUCUCCAGAAGAACACAGAAAUGGCACUAAAUGACUGUAGAAUAUUCUUGGAGCCCAGCGAGAUAAACAUACAGGCGCUCUUGUUAUUAGGGUGCCACGGCGAACAAUAUGCCUCUCCCAAUCUUUCUUGGAUGCUUGUUGGCCAUGCUUGCCGCCAAGCUCAAGCCCUCGGUUUGCAUGUGGUAGGAAGAGGCAGUUACAAAUACCAACAACGCCAAUUAUCUUUAUUCUGGUCCUUGUUUUCAAUAGACAAGUCUUGUUCGUUGGCUUUCGGGCGGCCAAUGCUACUCCCGACCGCCAUAUAUGAGAAUGUUCCACUGCCCGACUUCCAGUACCUCCUAGGCUACCAUCCGCACAGAAGUCAACCCGUCGUUACACAGAACGGCUCUUCUACCUCAACAUUUGGCGCCCAUUUCUUCAUCCAAGGAAUGAAAUUGGCCAAGUUAACGGGAGCGGCGCUCAGUCUUCUUGCGAGUCCUGGAAACAUCGCAGACCAUCAAGCCUUGGCUGCCAAACUACGGUCAUGGGACUCACAUACAAAUGAACUCUUGUUAAAAGUUUUUGAUGAAGAAUCUGCCACUUCAACAGCUCACCAGAUCCAAGAGAUGACGAUUGGUGUGCGCGCAAUGAGAUUUCAGUAUCUGCACAUCCUCAUACUAGUAUUACGCAAAGACCCCAGCAGCAGGGAACGUCGCGUUCAAGCCGCUCGAGAUGCCAUCAUGAUCCUGCCAGACCUGGUAUCAAACUCAAUCCAUGUGUACAAUGGACUAGUUUGGCAACUGUUAUACUACCCUUUUACGCCAUUCUUUACACUGUUUGGUCAUAUCAUAGACUAUCCAUCGGCACCAAGUACACCACAAGAUCUUGAACUGCUUCAAAAGACUGCCACUUAUUUCAACAGCAUGAAACAAUUCGGCUCUCUUCCCGCAGUUUCUUCCAAGCUGGAAAAGACAGCUCUAGUCUUCUGUAAUUUGGCAAAGUUUAUCACAUCCGGUGAACAUACCGGCGAUGAUGCACAAGAUCAACAGUCUACAGCGACAGGAACCAGUUCAGAAGAGUCCGCGAUGCCAACAACAAGCCCAGAAGAACCCACUCUUUGUGGAAUCGACACUUCUUCUAGCGAAGCUGAUUUCGAGCUAUAUACCAACGCCUUCAUGGCUUACAUCAGAGACCAAGACCUCAAUGAGCAGUCCAGCUUUGACAAUACUGAUAUCGAGAACAUAUUAGGCUGCUUAGAUUCUGACGGUCCUUCACCACGCAAGCGCAAGCGGUCAUUUGAGAACACAAUGGACUGGUUUUCUUGGGACACAUAUUAUUGUAAAGAAUAA